CUGGCAGCCCUGGAAAGCUCUAACCCAGUAAAAAGAAAUUUCAAAAUCGUCCAACAAACCGUUCAACAGGCGUGCAAUAUUGGACCUGUGUUGGACAGUUUUGACCUAGUGGGAAUUCUGACACAGAAAAGCUUCCCGGCUUAUUUUUUUUUGUUGAAAUCACAACACAACUGCCGAAAACAUCACAGCGCGCAAAUCAAUUCUGCUGUUUUUCGUGUUUCGUCCUGUUAAAUUGUACUAGCGUAUUCCAAGUUCGUCAACUUUACGGCUACUAAUAUAUUUCAAUCAUAUAACUCGAUACAAUGUCCACGAUUAGCAAGCUUGAAAUCCGUGGCAUCCGAGGUUUCGGUGUUGAAAGCGAGGAUGUUCAGAAAAUCAAUUUUCAAUCCCCGCUGACGCUGAUCGUCGGCCAGAAUGGUUGCGGAAAAACAACCAUCAUCGAAUGCCUGAAGUACGGGCUAACCGGCGAAGUUCCCCCGGGGACGGACCGGGGCAAGGGAUUCGUGCACGAUCCGAAGAUCUUCAACAUGGUCGAAAGCAUGGGACAGGUCAAGCUGAUGGUGAAAGAUUUCACCGGCAACCGAGUGACCGCCACACGCUCGAUGAAAGUUUCGCAGAAGGGCAACACGAAGCAACCGAAGUUCGAAACGUUGGACUCGGUGGUAACGAUGGAGAAUGCUGCCAGCGGACAGAAAACCAACAUAUCCCGUCCGAGGGUGGCCGAUAUAAAUAACGAUAUGUGUGAUGCAAUGGGCGUUUCGAAAGCUAUCAUCAACGAUGUCAUUUUCUGUCAUCAGGAGGAUUCGAACUGGCCGCUGGAGGAACCGAAGGAGCUGAAGAAAAAGUUUGAUGCUAUUUUUGGAACGACCGAGUACAAUCGGGUUAUUGAGAAGUUGAUAAAGAUCUCGAAGGAGUACAAUGACCGGCAGAAGGAUAAGGCCGGGGAUUUGAAGUUGCUGGAAAACAUCAAGAGUCAGGCUGAGAUGAAGCAGGUGCAGCUGGAGAAGGCUGAUAAGAAGAAGGGGGAAAUGCGUACGGUGGUGGAAAGUUUGGAGGGCUCACUGAAACCAAUCUUUGAACGACUGGAACAGAUUACCAAGAUUGAGCGGGAUUAUUCCAAACUGAAGCAGCAGGAGAUUGAGUACAAAUCGAAGAUCAAUACUAAGGAGGAUCAACAGAACUCGCUUCGCUCAAAGAUACGUACACUGUUCAGUGGCACUCUGCCGGAGCUAGAGGUGGAAAUCCGCACAUUUCAGCAGUCGAUGAACUCCAAACGUUCAGAACUGCGCGAUGCCGAAUCCGAUUUGGGUACUCGUAAAAAUCAGGAGAGAUCUGUGCAGAAAAAGCUCCAGGAGUUGGAAUCUCGUCGUGUCCAACUGAUUACCAAGCGUCAGCAAGAGCAGGAACUUAAUGGCGAUCGAGGAAAGAAAAUUAUUGAAUUGUGCGAGCGGAUGAAGCUUCCUGUUAGCGGAGAUUAUGAAUCCGAUGGUCUGGAGGUGGAAGCUGCCUUGAAGGCUAUCAAGCAUGGCAUCCGGUCGGAGGAAAGUGACCUUCAGGCUAUGGUCAAAGCUCACGAUGAAGCCGAUCAGCAGGCACAGAAGGCAAUCGAUAAACUGCGAGAAGAGAAAACGAAGCUAGAGGCCGAUUUUCGUCUGAAGGGACAAAUGGUGACGGACUUUGCUCGGGAGAAAGCCAAAACGCAGUCGGAAAUUACAGCGAUCGAGCGUUCGGCGGAAGUGCUGAAGAAGCUGGUCAGUGAAAUCGAAAAGCUGGAGAAGGAUUAUGAAAAUCAGAAGGCGAAUUCAAACGUGGACGGAAUGCGACGGACGCUGACGGAGAAAAAGAAGAAACGGGAAGAGUUGCAGACUAAGCUGGACAAGGCAGAGGAACAGAUAUCGUCUUUGGAUGCUAUUGCAGCCAAGGCGACCGAAUUGAGUCUGAAGGAGCAGCAGCUGACAGGGAAGGAGUCCGAGUUCAGAAGAAUUCGCAACAAACAUUCGGACAAUUUGAAGCGGCUGUUCCCCACGAAAACCAUUGAAAACAACUACAAGCGCAACGUCCAGGACUUGUACGAUAGUCUCCAGCGUCAGAUGAAGCAUUUGAACGAAUCCAUGCGCCAAUCGCAGGCGAUCGUAACGGAAAUGGAGACGACCAGACGAUCUCAGAAACGGGACCUAGAGCGAAUGGAGAAAGAACUAACGGAAAACAAGGAAAAAAUUUACUCAGCCUGCCAGGGCAACCCGUACGACGAGGUCCUAACUAAACUGAAGGAAAAGAUAACCAAGAACAAUUUGGAACAUGGAGAGUUACGUUCGGCAGACGUCCUCUACAGGAAGUACAUCUCUCGCAUCGAAGACGACCGGUGCUGUCCAGUUUGUCACAAAGAGAUGGCCGGUUCGGACGCGCAGGAUGUUAGCUCGGAACUGUCGGACGAAAUCCGACGGCUUCCGGAGAAGAUCGAGUCACUCGAGCGGCAGCUGAAGGCAGAUCAAAUUAAGUACGAUCGCAUGCUGGCGCUUCAACCCUAUUCCGAGCGGGUGGAGAAACAAACGGCGGAGAUACCUAAACUAAAACAGCAGCUACAGGAGACCGAAAGUCGCUUGACACAAGCUUCGGCAGAUUUGGAAGAAUGUCAGAUGUCGAUUUUGGAGCCGAACUCCAGUGUCCAGCUGAUCAACUCGAUUCUGGGAGAUAUGAGCAUCUUGGAUGAAUCGGCUAAAGAUUUGGAACGGGGCAGAAAGAGUGUUGCCGAUUUGAAGCAAGAACUGACUGAAAAGACACCACAAGGUACUAGCUCUUCGCUCGAGGAUUUGAAGCUCGAGAGGGAAGCUCUUCGUGGCGAACUGCGAAGUGAACGCAAUUUGAUCGAUGCACUGCAGAACAAGAUCGACGAAGAGACUGAACGACUGAAUAGCCUUCACCAGCGGUUCAAUCAAAUGAAGGAGAAAAAGAUUCAACUUCAGGAGUCGGUACAGUCGUUGGAUCAGAAAAAGGCCAAAGAGGUUGAACUUGGUGAGAAAAUAGCUGUCUGCCAGCGGGAAAUGGACGAAUCGGAGCGGAAGCUUGGUCCCAUUCGGAAGGAUCUAGCCAAAGAGGAGGAUGCAAAAGUCAAGGGUAAGGAAGAAAGAAGAGUUAAAAUGGGCAAAGCCCAGCAAGUACUGGAACAGCUUAAGCGAAUGGAUGGGGAGAUAGUGCGCCUGGGCAAAGAAUUGGAAGCGCUAGCAAAACUAAAUUUGAUUGAUGAGAUUCAGAAAAUGAAGCGGAAGCUAAGUGAAACUAACGAUGAAAUGAAAAAGAUUACUGCCGGUAUCGAGGAAGCAAACGUUCUAAUCGAUAAUUUGAAGAAGGAAAUAUCCAAUCAGGACAUGAUUGAGCGCGACUUUCUGGAUAACCGAGAUCUGAAGAAGAUAAGUGCAGAAACCGAAGUCCUCAAAGAGAAGUUGGAUGCUCUUAUGCGUAGUAUCGGGGAUCUCAAUGCUCCGAACAUUGCCCAGGAGCGCAAUAAACUGCUAGAGCAACGGGACACUAUACAGGCCAAGAAAAGUGAAAUUACCGGUCAGAUAAACGAGUUGGAAAGCCAGGUACGAGCAUUGCGUAAAGAGAUGGAACGACCAGAGUUUAAGAACGCUGUCAGCAACUAUCUUAAAACGUACAGCGAAUCGGUUGUACUGAAGAAAAUCGUCAGCGAUAUUUUAAAGUACCGGAAUGCGUUAGAGUGGGCCUUGAUGAAAUAUCACGCGGAAAAGAUGGAAGAAAUAAACCGCUCAAUUUUCUCUCUGUGGAGAGAUAUCUAUCGCGGAAACGAUAUCGACUACAUUUGCAUCAAAACGGAGGACGAAUCGAAACCGGAGAGUAAGACGGUAGAGAAGCGUCGGGCGUACAACUACCGGGUGGUUCAGGCUAAAAACGAUGUGGAAAUCGAUAUGAGAGGAAGGUGCAGUGCCGGCCAGAAGGUGCUGGCUUCGCUGAUAAUCCGAAUGGCACUGGCCGAAACGUUCAGCAACAAUUGCGGCGUGAUGGCUUUGGAUGAACCUACGACUAAUCUGGAUCGGGAAAAUAUUGCUUCGCUUUGCGAAAGUUUGCGGAGUAUCGUUACGGAACGGGAAAGUGGAAAUUUUCUGCUGAUUAUUAUUACUCACGACGAGGAGUUCGUGACCAAACUGGAGAAGUUCGACACGUAUUACCGAAUUUCGCGCGAUCAAACCGGAAAAUCGGCUAUCAAGGAGGAGCGGUUGUAGGAGUUGUCUCUUCCAUUAAAUUGAUUAGCAUUACUAAGUUUUUACAUACUCGCCAUUGAAUUCCAUUAAUUUGUUAUUUAUACCUUAUAUUCCAAUCUUAAAAUAAACACACACGACGUUGAAUUUGAU